UCAAACUGUUGCUUUUUCCGUCAAUAAACUUUUUGAUCAUAAAAACUCCCGACUUAUUUUCUCGAAAAAAUACUAAACACACUCACCGAUUCCCUCCUAUAGAUAGAACAAAAUAUGACACGGGUACCACCCCAGACCAGAAGCGGGCAUGUGUUUAUUCAAGGACUCAUUCAGGGAUGGGCUAGAUGUGGUUGAACUCUCACACGACUUUCCUUCCGUAAGAUGCAAUUCUGGCGUUACCUUAUCCUCGGAAGAACAGCGGUAAUGGCUUCCCGAAAUCAGAUUUCCACGAAAGAGCAAGCCUGUCUCGGGAGAAAUGAAGCAGUCAAAGUUUCAGGAAAACAUCAUGUUAAUGGAAAUAGGACAGUCGAACCAUUCCCUGAAGGACUGCAAAUGGCUAUGUUUGGCAUGGGCUGUUUCUGGGGCGCUGAGAGAAAAUUCUGGGUCCAGAAAGGUGUCUAUUCCACUCAAGUUGGGUAUGCUGGUGGAUUAACUCCAAACCCAAGCUAUAAGGCGGUCUGCUCAGAGAUGACUCGCCACGCAGAAGUAGUGCGAGUUGUGUACCAUCCAGACAAAUUCUGCUUUGAAAAAUUGCUCAAGGUCUUCUGGGAGAGCCAUGACCCAACACAAGGUAUGCGACAAGGAAAUGAUGUUGGCACUCAGUACCGUUCGGUCAUUUAUCCGUACACGAAGGAGCAGAUUGUUGCAGCUGUGAAAUCCAAAGAGGUCUAUCAGGAGGAGUUGAAUAGAAAAGGAUACGGUGAAAUCACUACCGAAAUCCGUGAGGGUCAGACUUUCUACUUCGCCGAAGAUUACCAUCAGCAAUACCUGAAUAAGAACCCAGGCGGGUAUUGUGGACUACGCGGCACUGGGAUAUCUUGUCCAGUAUAAGACUCUAGUAAGACGUGGUCCCUAAUUAAACGCCAAAAUUUGCCUCUGAUCUAUUUUCCAGAUAAUGGGAUAGGGUUUUGCUUAUUAAAAAGCUUAUAAGAAUGGACUGGUUGCCUGCUAUACAUUAGUUUUCCAAAAUAAUUGAAAAAAACCCCAUCUACCGCACUGUGUGGAAAAAGGUAAUAAAAAAUACUGUAAUCAACUACACAUUUCUAACUGAUAGUUCAAAUAAGCACUCAGGUUUCAGAAGACAGUGUAGUAUGCUACCUGCCUGCUAUUAUGACAUCUUCCACAAAAUAUAUUAAUGUACAGAUUAGUGUAAGUAAGAUUUUAAAAAUUUAUCAGAAUGUAUAUUUAUUUUUAGAUUUUUAUCCUUGUCAUCAUCACUGGCAUUAGCGCAAAAUUACAUUUGGUUACUAUCCCACAAAACAAAGCAAAAAAAAAAAUCUGAUAUUUAUUAUAAUGACUAAGAUUCAAUCAAUGUUCCAUCUCAAAUAAAAUCAUAAAUAUUAACAUAAAUCUGAUAGUAUGUUCAAAGGCAGAAGCAGGAUGCAAUGCAAUUGUUGCAUAGUUUUAUAAUGAUAUAUAAUUAUGUGCAUUAUUAUUAUGUAUUACUAUUAUUAAUUAGGGGUUUUAGGGGUGCAGCAGUAGAGUUGUUGCCUUACAGUGCCAGAGACCCAGGUUCGAUCUUGACUAUACAGUUGUCUGUACAGUUUGUACAUUCCUCCCAUGACCUGCGUAGAUUUUUUCCGGGUGCUGCGGUUUCCUCCCGCACUCCAAAGACGUACAGAUUUGUAGGUUAAUUGGCUUUGGUAAAAAACGUAAUUGUCCCUAGUUUGUGUAGGAUAGUGUUAGUGUGUGGGGAUCGCUGCUCGGCGCAGACUUGGUGGGCUGAAAGGUCUUUUCCACACUGUAUCUCUAAACUAAGUACAAAAUGACUUCUCUAUCAUAAAAAUGCCUGAACUUAAUAAUAAGAAAAAUAAACAAUCAAAUAAUUUGAUAAAUUCUGCACUAAAGAUGAUUUUAAAUGUCUUUGACAGUGCUAAAUGAUUAAAAUUUGUGCAGACCUUGAGCACUAAAAAUAAUAUUCUCCGUACAGAGGCUAACAAACCCCCAAAAUAGGGGGCGUUUUGUUGGUGGUGUUGCUAAGCCAGAUACCAACCACCUUUAUGCAAAAUACCACGACAAAAAUAAAAGGGACUUCCUGAUACAGGAGAAAUAAAAAUUGUUGCAUUAUUUGAGUACCAUUAAGGUGUGUGAGUGCUAUGAACCUGGGCCCUUAUACAUUUUCAUUUCAGUAGCCAGGUAACAAAUUAUUUUGCACAAUAUCAUCUACAGUUGAUAUACGCUCAUUGAUGUGUAGUUUUGUUAGACUUGAAAUCUACAACAAAUUUCUUCAACUUUCCUUUCUAUUGUGAAUUUUUAACACCCAAUAAAUAUUCCUGCUACAGAUGGUACUUUGUUGUGGUUAUUUACUGCCAACCCAACUUUUGAGACAAACUUAAUUGCAUUGUUUUAAAUUCUUUGUUUCAAUGUAUUCCAGGGCAUCCAGCAAUUUUGCAGAGAAGUUUCACAUUUCCAAUUCAUGACUUCAAUCUUUAGUGAUACAGACUGGUAACUUCUUCAUUCUGACAAUGUAAAAUAAUAUUAUUUUGAAGUUUGAAGAAAAUUAACACUAUCCUUCAAAUAAUAACCAACGCAUUCAAACUCUGUUUUUACAUUCUUGGCUCAGAUGUGACGUUCUUUGUUAAUAAAGAUCACAUAACUAAACUAA